CUGGUCCCCAAGCGCCCCGAGGGUUGUGAGGUAGUUUUGCGGAUCGCCGUGGCCGGACACUGCGCGGGCUCGCCGGACUGUUACCCUGACAGGGUCUCUACGUGGGGUCCGAGGGGCACCUUUUCACUUCCUCUCAGGGACCAGCCCAAGGCCAAGACCUGAUCGAGAAAAUACGGGUAAAGGGCGGAACUUCGGCAGGCGCAGCAGCCGGGCCGCAGCGAAAGGAAUCUGCCGGCCCGGAAGGGCAGACAGCCCCGCGUCGACCGGAAGCGCUGCUCGGGAGGCGGAAGCGCUGCUCGGGGGUGCGGCGGGACCCCUGCCACUGCGGGCUGCUGCUAGGAAAAGGACUUUGAAAGGCCAGCCGAUUCGUGUCGGUCACGGUGAGGUAUUGCUGUAGGACCCAGUGCAUGCACACAGUCCUGCAUUCAGUAUAUUUGACCAAUAAAUGUGUUCUGCUGGUGUGCCACUCUUCAGACAUUGGCAGGUGUUUUAGAGAGAUGUUUUAGAUUUUUAAAAAACGAAUAUAUGACUGUAAAUAAGAGCAGCAGCAGCCUGGAGCUCAGGAAGGCUCUCCUUUUGUACCAGACAUAGAAGGUUCAGAGAGGUUCUGAAUAGAACAGAAAUCGAGGAACCCCAACUCAACUCCAAAGCAUACUUCGAGCUUCUCCCCGCAUCUGCACCUGCAAUUGUUUUAAACAGGUUCUUGCUUUGUAGUUCAGGCUGUCCCUGAGCUCACUAUGUAGCCCAUACUGGCCUCGAACUGGCAGCGAUCCUCUCUGCUGCCUCAGCCUCCCUGGCAUUGCAGGAAGAAAAAAAUGUCUCGAAAGCAGAUGAAAGAAGCUUUUGUCAGUAACCUCAAUGGAACUAGUGUGCUGGAAAUCACGCAGGGCUUGUGUUUACCUGCAUUCUGUAUCCUGUGCAGAGGACUCCUGAUCAUUUCCUUACAACACUUGUGUUCUUUUUCACAUACCUGGAGAACUCAAUUCUUAAUUGACUUUGUUGUUCUAGUAGUUCCCCUUGUGACUGCUUUGACCAUUUUGUCUUCAUUUGUCUUCCUUGAGCUUCUCAUUGUAGUUAUCUGUGGGGCAUGGCUGUUCUAUCAAAUAUAUCUAAGGAGGACUUGCUAUGCUAGAGUGCCUGUCCAGAAAAUCCUUGAAAAAUUCUUGCAAGUCAGCCUAGAAUCAGAAUACAAUCCAACCAUCUCCUGUUACCGUGUAUCUAACAGUGUAUUUGUCGCUAUUGCCAUUUUGGCUGUGGACUUCCCACUUUUUCCUAGAAGACUUGCUAAAACUGAGAUGUAUGGGACAGGGGCAAUGGAUUUUGGAGUAGGUGGCCUUGUUUUUGGGACUGCAAUGGUUUGUCCAGAGGUCAGAAGGAGAAAAUACACUGAUGGAUCUGCAUUUUAUCUUCUAAAAUCACUGUACUCUGUUUGGCCAUUAAUUGUCUUAGGUAUAGGACGAUUAGUUACUAUAAAAUCUAUAGGCUAUCAGGAACAUUUAACUGAGUAUGGUGUGCACUGGAACUUCUUCUUUACCUUAAUUGUUGUGAAACUGGUAACAACAGUGCUUUUGCUUGUUUUCCCCUUAAAUAAAUCCUGGAUCUUGGCCAUCAGCAUUACCGUGUUAUACCAGCUAACCCUUGACUUAACCCCACUGAAGCAGCUGAUUUUGUAUGGCACUGAUGGCAGUGGCACAAGGAUUGGUUUACUAAAUGCUAACAGAGAAGGAAUAAUCUCUACUUUGGGGUAUGUGGCAAUUCACAUGGCUGGUGUGCAAACAGGAUUGUAUGUGUUUAGGAACAGAAUACAUAUCAAAGACUGGAUAAAAGUAGCAUGCUGUCUUCUACUAGUAAGUAUUAGCCUCUUCAUCUCUCUCUACAUAGUUCAAGUAAACAUAGAGGCAGUGUCUCGGAGAAUGGCCAAUUUAGCCUUUUGUAUGUGGAUAGUAGCUUCUAGCCUCAUCUUUCUUAGUUGUUUAUUAUUGACUGAUAUAAUUUUGAGUUUUGCCAAAUUUCUGAUUAAAGGUGCUCUAGUACCAUGUUCUUGGAAACUUACCCAGUCACCUGCUACAAAUAAAAAGCAUUCUGAAUUUCUACCCAAAGCUGAAAGAAAGGACCCCAGUCCUUGUUUAAUCACAGCUCUGAACAGAAAUCAGCUAAUAUUUUUCUUGUUGUCAAAUAUAACAACUGGCCUGAUCAACCUAACAAUAGAUACAUUACACAGCAGUACUUUGUGGGCAUUAUUUGUGCUCAAUGUCUAUAUGUUUACCAAUUGUUUAGUUAUAUAUAUACUCUAUUUGCAAGGUAAAACCAUAAAGUUUUGGUGAUGAGAGGUAGGAUGUACUUAUCUUUGUGCAGCAUAUUAAUGGGAACAAUAAAUGUGAAAAAAAUAUGCUUUUGGGGAUGGAGAUUUAGCUCAAUGACACUGCACCUGCCUCACAAGUGCAAGGUCAUGAGUUCAAUCCCCAGUACACCCCAAAAAAGUGCUUUUUGGAAAUCCAAUCUUUACAUAUGCUGUUACAAAAGUUUCAGUUAGAUGUGGUGGCGCAUGGUUGUAAUCCUAACACUCAGCAGAGGCUGAGGAAGGAUUGCAGUUUGAG